AUGGUAGAAAUGGAAGAGCCUGUUGAUGUAUCUUACUAUUUAGGAUCGCAGGUGGCGCAAAAUCAAAACUCUCUCGAUAUACCUGUGACUAAUGGUGAAAUCGUUAGUAUUAAUUUGCAUGAUGAAUUACCUGAAGACCCUAACGAAAUCAUAAGCUUUUUAGAAAAUGAGAGCUGUCCCUUGAAGUUCUGGAUUUCCAUUGCCUUGGCGUAUAACUCUCUUAGCAAGAUUGAUGAGUCUUUUGAGAUCGUGAAAACAGCAAUCGAGUCGAAACAAUUUCUGCAAGAGGAUAUAUCGUCUCUUCAUACUCUCAAGGCAUGGUUGUACCUUAAACUUGUCAGCCAAGGUAUAAACAAAGAAAAGAAUUUAUCUGAUGCUUCAAAGGAGUUAAAUAUGGUUGUGGGAGGUCUGGGAAAUGAUGUGUCCUUCCUAUCAGCGCAAGCGGUUUUACAUAUAUUUAAAGGUCAGCUUGAGAGGGCUCAGGACAUUUUCGAACGCUUAAUCAAAAUAAACCAGAGCAAUUGCUUUGCACUCCUAGGUAAAGCCCAAAUUCUUUUGAAAAAAACCAAAAACUACUCAGGAGCGUUGAAAAUUUAUCAACAAGUACUUGUCUUAAAUCCUUUAAUGCGGCCAGACCCAAGAAUUGGUAUUGGGUUAUGUUUCUGGUUUCUCAAAGAUGAAAAAAUGGCAGUCCAGUCUUUUGAAAGGGCUUUGGAUAUUGACCCAGAAAAUCUCAAAGCCAAAAUAUUACUUAACUUGGCACAUUUCAAUAAUAGUUUUAACAAUUCACUAAGCGAUGAUGAGUUUAUUAAAAAUUAUGAACAAUGCUUGCGAGAGAUCUCAUCGAAUUAUGAACUGAGUCCUGAAGAUAGUGUGGUCUUAUUAACUUUAGUGACUUACUACUUUUCUAAAGAGGAUUAUACCUUGACGGAAAAAUUACUUAAUAAGAUUGUUUUUAAAGUUACUGGCAGCUCAAACUUGGUGAAAUUCAGUAAAUUUUCCCAGUUAUCAAAGUUCGAAUCAAUUAUUUUAUCUCAAUGUGCAUUUUGGUUAGGUAGAAUUUCUUUCAUUAGAGCCGAUUUUACGCAAUCUCAGAAGUUUUUUCAUGAGUCUAUCAAGCUAGAUGAAAACAAUUUACUUGCAAAACUAGGAUUGGGCCAAUCACAGGUUAGUCGGGGAUCUAUUGAAGAAGCAACUAUUACUUUUGAAUCAAUUUUGAAAACGAAUCCUAAAUGUCUCGAAGUCAAUUAUUCUCUUGGAUUACUUUAUUCCGAACAUAAAUCAAGAAAAAAACAAGAACAAGCUAUUAUAAUACUCGAAAGAUAUUUGAGAUUAUCUAACAAUCGUGGGAUCUCUUCUUCAAAGAAUGAUGAAGGAUUGGAGUUUUUGAAUAAGGAACCUGUAGCUUUGAACGCUUAUUUAGUCUUGAGUAAACUCUACGAGAAUAGAGAUAUUAAUCAGGCAUUAAACUAUUUGAAGAAGGCAAUUGACUCCAGAGGAGAAAUGGGACAGGAGGCACCUUUAGAGGUCUAUAAUAAUAUAGGAAUUUUCAACUUCUUAAAACACAAUACUGAGGAUGCCUGUUUUUAUUUUAGGGAGGCUCUUAAUAAGUUGGGUUUGUCUAAAACCUUCAUCUCUGAGGAUGGUCAACCUGACUUGUAUUUACCAGAGGACCUUAAGGUGACUUUAAACUUUAAUAUAGCCCGAUCUGCUGAAGCUGAUAAUGAAGUUGAGUCUAUUGGGACAUAUAAGGCAAUAUUGAAAGAAUGUCCCAACUAUUUCUCUGCAAAAUUAAGGUUAUUGUUUUUGGACUGUAUUUCAUCUAACAAUUCUCCGAAGAAGGAUAUUAAAGAUGAAAUCGAACAUUUGUUGGAAGUAAACGCAUCGAAUAUAGAAAUCCGCUCUUUUUAUGGAUGGUUUGCAAAGAACUUCGGUAAGAAGUUGGGCAUGAAACCUGAUGCAGACACUAAUCAUCAAAAAGAGACAUUAGUUGAGUACGAUUCACAUGAUUGUUAUGCAUUAAUUUCGUUGGCUAAUAUAUAUUGUUUGAUGGCAAGAGACAUCAAGUCGUCAGGGGCAGAUGAGAAGAAGAAGAAGUAUUAUAUUCGAGCAGUAGAGUUAUUCGCUAAAGUCCUUUCGGUUGAUCCUAAAAAUGUAUUUGCCGCACAGGGUUUGGCGAUAGUCUAUAUUGAAAACAAGGAGCUUAACAAAGGUUUGGAUAUUUUGAGAAAAAUUAGGGACUCACUCGAUGACUUAUCUGUUUAUUUGAAUUUGGGCCACGUAUUGGUAGAUCUUAAGCAAUAUGGUAAAGCAAUUGAAAGUUACGAAAUAGGAUUGGCAAGAUAUACUAAUGGCUCCGAUCUGAGAAUAUUAUCUUUUCUUGGAAGAGCUUGGUACUUAAGAGGCGUUUCUGAGAAAAACAUUUCUGCCCUUAAAAAGGCACUAGAGUUCUCUGAAGAGGCUUACGAGAACUUCAAUGGAUCAAAAUCUUCUCUAAGAUUUAAUAUUGCGUAUGUUCAGUUUCAAAUUGCUGAGGUUAUUACGAAAUUGCCAAUUGAGCAAAGAAAUGUAGAAGAUAUCAAGGAAGCCUUAAUUAAUUUGAAUUCCGCAAUUACAACCUUGAAUUCUUUGGCCUCAGACGAUGAACCUUACGCACCUUAUCCUAAGGCUGAGCUUAAAGCAAGGGCAAAUCUUGGAACAAACACCUUACUCAACCGUUUGAAUUCGUGCUUACAAGAAACUACCGAUAAUAUAUCAAGCAUAGAAAAUAGGUUGGAAGAGGCUAAAAGAUUCAGAGAAGAGGAAGAACAAAAGAAAUUGAAAGAAGAGGAGGAACAUUUGGCCGCCAGAAGAUUGAAAGACGAAGAAUUAGCAAAAGAGAGGGCGAAGUUACAGGAGCAAGCUCAGCAAUGGGCUGAGGAAGCUAGAAUGGAUGUUGUGGUGGAUAAGGAAGACGAUGGUUUAUUCGAUGAAGAAGUUGCAAAGAAAUCAGUCAGUAAAACAAAGUCACGCUCCAAAUCUAAGAAGAGUCGUAAGAAGGCAGUGGUAGAUGAUAGUGAGGAUUCAACUACGUCUGAGUCUGAUAUAGAACCAAACAGUAAGUCUAAACCAGAAAAUGCAGGAAAACUUAAGAGGAAAGGUGAAGUUGAAGCUGAUGAUAACGUCCCCUCCAAGAAAAAGAAAUCUUAUUUAUCGAAAGAGAUUAUAGAGGACAGUGAUGAGGAUCUCGAUGAUGAUUUGUUUAACGAUGACAAAGAGCAAAAUAAUGUUGCAAACGAUCUAGAGGAAAACAAAGAAGAAAAUGUAUAG